AUGAAUUCAACAGUCUCUUUACCAACCAGCUUUACACAAUCAAAUAUCGAGAAUGAAGGACCAGAAAGAGGUGACAGUUUUUUAGAUAGCAAUAUUAAAAGGACAGGUUACCGUAAAAGGCGUUUAUCAAAAAUACCGGCUCCAGUUAUAAUCCCCCCACGUUCCCCUAUUAUUAUAAGUGCCCCCAGUUCUGCUAAAAGUGAUUCAUUUUUAGAUUUACCUUCCCCAAAAACUCAAAGUCCAACCAAAAAGUUUAUUAUCAAACCUAUAACCGCAUUAGCUGCUGCAUUUCAAAGAACCACUUCAACAGGUCGUAAAUCUUCAACGACUACCUCAUUUUUAAAAUUCCAAAAAUCAAACAACAAUCCAAAAUCACAUAAACCAACUUCUCCAAAAGCUGCUUCUCCACAAUCACCAAAAUCACCAAAAUCACCUAAAUUUUUACAUCGUAAAGCUCAAUCCCCAACAAAUAAUUCUAAAUCCACCGGGUUUUUCGGAAAAUCUUUUUCAUUAUCUAUUAGUACUUCUAAUCAAUCUUCGGCACCUAAAUCUCCAUCAAAACUUGGGAAAUUUAAUCUUAAGCCACAAAAAUCCCUUUCAUCAUGUAGAAAAGCUUUACCAAUGGUACCUUCCGAGCUUGCUGAGAGAUUGAGAGAAUUCGCAUCUUAUAGUACAAAAGUUGAUGACUCAUUCUUGCAAAGAUUGCCUAAACCUAUAUUAAUAGAUGUUCGUAAUUUGGCGUUAUAUCAAGGUGAUCAUAUUCGAGAAUCCUUUAAUGUCAAUUUACCAACGCUAUUGAUUAAAAGAUAUCAUCGUGGAAACAUGAGUAACUUUUCUUUAGAAUCAUUUAUCACAACACCUGAAAGUCGUGAUAGAUAUUUAGACAUAAUAAAUGAAGAUGGUGAUCAAUAUCAUCAUGAUGUUAUAAUUUUUGACGAGACAAUGGAUGAAAUUGAUAAAUCUAGCCCAGGUUGGACUUUAUUGAGUGUUUUGGAAAGAAGUUAUAAUUCUCCACCUUCUGAUAAUAUCGAAGAAAAUUAUGAGGUAACACCUAGAGGAAGUGUGUAUUGGCUUAAAGGAGGAUUCGAAGCAUUUAGAUCAUGGGAUCAAAAAAAUGAAUUUAUUGUCACAGGAUUCGAAGUUGGUCCUUCUUCCGAUAAAAGUUCCGUUGGUGGUACUUCAGUGGAAUAUGACGGUCAAGAACAGCAGCAACAACAUUCAAGUUUAGUUCGCAGAGAUUCUUUAUUUUCUGUAAAUACUGAAAGAAAUUCUCUCAGACGUAAAAAAAGUGGUAAACAAUCCGAAUUUAAAUCAGAAAAAAACACGCAGCAACCACCACCACUAGAAACAAAUGUCGGAAAGCAGAAUGGAAUUUCACGUGGGCGACGUCCUUCAAAUGGGUUACAAUAUUUAUUUCCAAUUAAUGGCAAUUGUAAAAUUGGUGAAUCGUUAUCGCUUUAUCCAACUCCUUCUUAUGACUUUUCUGACACUGUAAUAACUAAUCGCGGUGAAUUUGAUCCCGUAUCACCUAAAACUCCCAUUCUUAUGACGCCUCAUGAGGUUUCAUUCGUAGUUUCUACUAUAAUUCCUGAAUUUCUCUUUUUAGGUCCAGAAAUUACAAAGGUUGAAGAAGUGGAAGAACUAAAAAAUAAAGGUGUAAGAAGGAUUUUAAAUAUGGCUUUCGAAUGUGAGGAUUUUUUAGGAUUAAAAGAAAAAUUUGAUCGUUAUUUAAAAUUAAAUGUUAAAGAUGCGGUUGAAGAGGAUGUUGAAAGAGGAUUAAAAGUUGCUAUGGAUUUUAUAGAGCGUGCUCACGAGGAUAAAAUGCCAAUUUAUGUUCAUUGUAAGGCCGGAAGGUCACGUUCAGUGACAGCAGUUCUAGCUUAUCUAAUGAAAUCGCGUCAAUGGACGUUGAGGCAUGCUUAUGAUUAUGUGAUUGAACGUAGAAGUGGUAUUUGUCCUAACAUUGGAUUUGUUGCAGAGUUAAUGAGAUUAGAGAAAGGUGUACUUGGUAUUAAAAGAAAUAGUGGCGAUGUUACUGAGUUUUACCUUAGAAAUAAGGAAUGUGUUGAACCAUUAAGUAAACCACCGAGAACGGCUUUUUUUUGA